AUGCCCAGCCCCGCCGAGCUCCGUGCGCUCUGGCUGUGCACCGCGCUGUGCGCCACGCUGUGCGCCUCGCAGUGCGCCGCCGGCACCCCUCAGCCCGGCCCGGGGUCCGCCGUCUGCCCGGCCCCCUGCCACUGUCAGGAGGACGGCAUUAUGCUGUCGGCCGACUGCUCCGAGCUCGGGUUGUGCGCUGUGCCGGUUGACCUCGACCCACUGACUGCUUAUCUAGACCUCAGCAUGAACAACCUCACAGAACUUCAGCCCGGCCUCUUCCGCCACCUGCGCUUCCUGGAAGAACUGCGCCUCUCUGGGAACCACCUCUCCCACAUCCCAGGACAAGCCUUCUCAGGGCUCUACAGCCUGAAGAUCCUGAUGCUACAGAACAACCAGCUGCAAGGAGUCCCUGCAGAGGCGCUGAGGGAGCUGCCGAGCCUGCAGUCCUUGCGCCUAGAUGCCAACCUCAUCUCCCUGGUCCCGGAGAAGAGCUUUGAAGGGCUGUCCUCCCUCCGCCACCUUUGGCUGGAUGACAACGCACUCACCGACAUCCCUGUCAAGGCCCUCAACAGCCUUCCCGCCCUGCAGGCCAUGACCCUGGCCCUUAACCGCAUCCGCCACGUGCCGGACUACGCCUUCCAGAACCUCACCAGCCUCGUAGUGCUACACCUGCACAACAACCGCAUCCAGCGCCUGGGGCCUCACAGCUUCGCAGGGCUGCACAACCUGGAGACACUGGACCUGAAUUACAACGAGCUGCAUGAGUUCCCCGUGGCCAUCCGGACCCUGGGCAGGCUGCAGGAACUAGGAUUCCACAAUAACAACAUCAAGGCUAUUCCAGAAAAGGCCUUCAUGGGCAACCCUCUGCUACAGACCAUACACUUUUACGAUAACCCGAUCCAGUCCGUAGGGAGGUCGGCGUUCCAAGACUUACCGAAGCUGCACACCCUGUCCCUGAAUGGUGCCAUGGACAUCCAACAGUUCCCUGACCUCAAAGGCACCACCAGCCUGGAGACCCUGACCCUGACCCGCGCAGGCAUUCGGCUGCUCCCACCAGGGAUGUGCCAGCAGCUGCCCAGUCUCCGGGUCCUAGAGCUGUCUUAUAACCAGAUCGAGGAGCUGCCCAGCCUGCACAGGUGUCAGAAGCUGGAGGAAAUUGGCCUCCGGCACAACCGCAUCUGGGAAAUUGGAGCUGACACCUUCAGCCAGCUGAGUGUCCUGCAAACCCUGGACCUGAGCUGUAAUGCCAUCCGCUCCAUCCAUCCUGAGGCCUUCUCGACCCUGCGGUCCCUGAUCAAGCUGGACCUGACGGACAACCAGCUAACCACAUUGCCGCUGGCUGGCCUCGGGGGCUUGAUGCACCUGAAGCUCAAAGGGAAUCCGGCCCUAUUCCAGGCCUUCUCCAAGGACAGUUUCCCAACACUGAGGAUCCUGGAGGUACCCUAUGCCUACCAGUGCUGCGCCUACGGUGUCUGUGCCAGCUUCUUCAAGGCCUCUGGGCAGUGGGAGGUCCAGGACUUGCACCUUGAGGAGGAGGCUCCCAAGAGGCCCCUGGGCCUGCUUGCUGGACCAGCAGAGAACCACUAUGACCUGGACCUGGAAGAGCUGCAGCUGGACAUGGAGAACUCCAAGCCCCAGCCCAGUGUCCAGUGCAGCCCCGCUCCAGGCCCCUUCAAGCCCUGUGAGCACCUCUUUGAGAGCUGGGGCAUCCGCCUGGCCGUGUGGGCCAUCGUCUUCCUCUCAGUGCUCUGUAAUGGACUGGUGCUGCUCACUGUGUUUGCCAGAAGGCCUUCGCCUCUGCCUCCAGUGAAGUUUGUGGUGGGUGCCAUUGCAGGCGCAAACACCUUAACGGGAAUUUCCUGUGGCCUUCUAGCCUCAGUUGAUGCCUUGACCUUUGGCCAGUUUGCCGAGUAUGGUGCCCACUGGGAGAUGGGACCCGGCUGCCGAGCCACAGGCUUCCUGGCAGUGCUUGGCUCAGAGGCCUCUGUGUUGCUACUCACUCUGGCCGCCGUGCAGUGCAGUAUCUCAGUCUCAUGCGUCCGGGCCUACGGGAAAGUUCCGUCCCUAGGCAAUGUUCAAGCUGGAGCCCUGGGCUGCCUGAUGCUGGCAGGGCUGACAGCAGCCCUACCCCUCGCCUCGGUGGGAGAUUAUGGGUCCUCCCCGCUUUGCCUGCCUUAUGCCCCGCCUGAGGGCCAGCCAGCGGCCCUGGGCUUCGCUGUGGCCCUGGUCAUGAUGAACUCCUUCUGUUUCCUGGUUGUGGUUGGUGCCUACAUCAAGCUCUAUUGUGACCUACCACGGGGUGACUUUGAGGCCGUGUGGGACUGCGCUAUGGUGAGGCACGUGGCCUGGCUCAUCUUCGCAGACGGGCUCCUCUACCUUCCUGUGGCCUUCCUCAGCUUUGCCUCCAUGCUGGGUCUCUUCCCUGUCACCCCAGAGGCUGUCAAGUCUGUCCUGCUCGUAGUGCUGCCCCUACCUGCCUGCCUCAACCCACUGCUCUACCUACUCUUCAAUCCCCACUUCCGGGAUGACCUUCGACGGCUCUGGCCCUGCCCAGGAAACUCAGGGCCCCUGGCCUACACCGUGACCCAUGAGCUGGAGAAGAGCUCCUGCGAUUCCACCCAGGCCCUCGUGGCCUUCUCCGAUGUGGAUCUCAUUCUGGAAGCUUCAGAGGCUGGGCAGCCUCCUGGACUGGAGACCUAUGGCUUCUCUUCAGUGACCCUCAUCUCCUGUCAGCAGCCCGGAGCCCCAGGCCUGGAGGGUAGCCAUUUUGUGGAGCCAGAGGGGACUCAUUUUGGGACUCCACAACCGUCUGUGGAUGGAGAACUACUGCUGAGGGCGGAGGGAGCCCCGUCUUCUGUGAAUGAUGCCUUCUGGUGCUCCAGCUCAGCCUUUGGCUCACACGUGUAACUGUCCCUCCUUACCCCUUCUCUUCUCAUCUCCUCCUUCUCUCCCUCUCUCCUCCAUGAUGAUGGCUGCUUGUACAAUGAAUACAACCAAAACUCAAUAGUGGGCUGCAAGGCAGGAUGGACAUUCCUGACUCCAAUGGUCUCUCUCACACACCCAUAACCAGCCAUGGCCUCCCAGUCUAGUUUCCCUUUGGCCUUCCUCAGCCUCACUGUCACUCUAGGCUUUUUCCUGCCAUGUCUGAGGCUGUGCACAAGAGACCUGGAUGUUGGCCUGCUUAAGUUAGACGAUACGACUGCAAGCCCAGGCUCAGAGCUCAGUAAGUGGGAAGACCACCCGGAGAAAGGUCUGGAAGGGGACCACAAAGGCACCUGGGCAUCUCCCCAAGACUCAUGAAUUAGAAAGUAUGUCCCAUGUCCCAUUAAUCAUGACAAACACCACACCAAAGGGGCUUUCUAUUAAAGCAAGCUUUGGGAGCAAUCACACAUUAUGUCUCUUUUAUAGUGAUUCUUGGGGCUUGUCCAUAUGGGUAAAGGCCCUGAGAAGUUCUGCAGCAGUGACGUCUAUUGAACUCCAUUUAACCAAGUUCCUGCAGGCUAUUGGACAGCCAUUUUUUUCAUUUGCUUGUUUCUUUUUCAUGGGAUACUGGAUAAUGAUUCACAGCAUUUAGCAUCACUCUCUCCGGGACUCAGCUCUGAUCCUGGGAAUUCCACCCCAGAAUUAGGUGCGAGAGGCAAACGAUGAGCCCAUCAGCCCGGAAGGACCCCCACUCCUUACUUCCCACUCCUCCUCCUUACCCAGGGAGCAACAGGGAGGCCUGCCAUGAUGACUCCAGCGUUUGCCCUCUGAGUUGGCGCAAGAAGAAAGGGCUCCUGGAGUGCUUCCAGCCCCUUUAGUACCUUAAAGCAUCAAGGAAGCCUCUGGCCCCACGGGAGAAGCAGGGGAGCCUCUAGCCAUCUCAGCUCCCUCUCGCUGAGUUGCCCUCCUGUGGUUCUCCACCAGAUGUCUCCUGCACCUGUGUGACUAGCCUGUGGUCCUGCCUUCUCCAUGGGAUAAUGAGUCCUUAGCCAGUGAAGAGGAGGAAUGUUUGUCUUGUAGGUAUUGCAUGGGAUGUGCCAUUGUGGGUGUCUGGGACCCCUGAGUGCCCCAAACAGGCCCUUGAUUGACCUCUCUGUCUCACUCCUCCUGACUUCAUGGUUUACCAAGUGCCGCUGAGUAUUUCUAGAAUAGUCCUUUUCCCCGGACACACAUACACGUUCAAUCUCAGCGUGAGGAGUUGGGAGAGCUGAGGUGUU